CAGUGAUAUAUAAACCCCAUGAACCCACCACCUCCACCCAACCAUCCAUUGUGUUUGUUCUAUGUCUCUUUCCCAUGCCUUCUUAUUAGCUGCUCCAAGAGAAAGAGAAGAGAAAACGGUGGUGACGAGGGAGUUGGCAAAAAUGGCUGUAACAUCACUCAUACCUGUUUUGAUAUUUUUCAACAUUGUUCCGAGAUAACUGUUGACCCGUGUCUAUAAUUGGUGACGAUUGUAUCAUAAAACGUUGUAAGUAAUUCGUGUUCGUAGAAAGAAAAACUAUAAAUAGUGUAAUAUCCCUAACGAAGAACUUCAAAACGACUCAAUGUUGAUAAGUGAACCGACUAGUGCUCCUGUCAAGACUUGUGCGGACUAGUUACGACAAGCAGAGGAGCAAAAGUCUGGAGCAUCAAUUUUAUCACGAUUCAUCGAAUUUUCGUCUUCAUUUCCACCCUUUCAAUUCUCAAAACCUUCAACGUUUGGAGUUUCAUUCAAUUUUUAACCUACGAGGAACGAAUUUAUGCUCGUACUAUGCAAACUCGUUGAAAAAUCGUCUGGAACAGAAAAGGAAAAGAAUUAGUAAUUUUGUUUAGUCCUUCGUUGAAUAUGGAUAAAGCAAACAACCAAUGAGAUAUUGUAAGGCGGUGAAGAAAUUUGGGACUAAAAUUAACAAGGAGAUUUUGGCUGGAUAAAAUGCCUGCAAUAUUAUUCAGUUAUGGGACAGCAUUUAGCUAGUUUCAGAGAAUUCUUUAGAAUGGAUGGGGAAAGGCUGAACGCGGAUUUAUACACGGAUGGGCAACAGCAGCAAUCCCAGUUUAAUAUGUUGGAGCGUGAAGUACCGGAUAACGAAAGGCUUUAUAACGAAAAUAACGGCAACGAAACAACUCAGAAUAUAAAUAAGGAGAGUAACAACGAAGCUAAGUUUAAUGGGAAUGUGGUAGAUAACGAAGAGUCUAAUUUAUCACUCGAUAAUCAUAAUUCGAGAUUCGAAUCGAUUUAUAGCCAAGCUAUUGAUCAAGUUCAAGAGUCAACACAGGAUUGCAGUAAUGGGAAUUUUGUAAGUCCAGCUUUGGUUGCUAACAGCGAAGGAGAUUUCAAACAACACGAAGGCUGCUCCGGUAGCUCUUCCAGCAGUAACAGUAGCAGUAGCUCCGAGGACAGCCCUGUUAAUCCUCCCUUAAGGCGCACCUCAAAAACUCUUUCCUUUGGCAAGCAAAAGAUUAAACAGCGAAACAAGGAUCAAAGCACAGUGUGCAAUCAUGUCCUAUCCACUAAGAAGAAACGUAGCAAUUGGGUCCUGAAAUUCAAUUGUGCCAAGAGCAAAGGAUCGAAAAAUAUUGAUAUACCGGAUCAACCCAACAAUAGCACUGAGUGCGUUUGCACUGGUUACAGACGCACCGAAGAACAUCCCAUGGGAGCUGGUGUUGUUUUUAAUAAUCGAUCAGCUCCUCAGAGCCCUGUUUUUGGACCCCUCCCACCCAGUCCUGUCAUUGAUUUGUCACGCUUCAACCCAGCUGAAUUCCCAAUGGAGGACUGCGAUGCGAGGGCAAGACUCCAGAGAGCUCGAGAGAUGGAAGAAGGUGUGGAGCCUCCGCCUGGAUACAGACCUAAUUAUCCAACAGGGAUUCAAGUACAUCCCAAUGGUAUCACCGUCGAUAGCCUCGCAGCCCUCUUCCAAGCGCAUGCUGGAAUACACGCUGCCGCUCUCACUGCUUUAUCACAAAUCGACUUUACUUUGGUCCCGAAUGUAGAAAGACAAGCGCAUACACAGGUCGACUACGUGCACUGCCUAGUACCAGAUUUACGUUCGAUAACGGCCUGCUCGUUUUAUUGGGGUAAGAUGGACCGAUACGAGGCCGAACGGUUGCUCGAGGGUAAACCAGAGGGUACCUUUUUAUUACGAGAUUCCGCACAAGAAGAAUUUCUAUUUUCCGUCAGUUUUCGGAAGUACGAACGUUCGUUACAUGCCAGAAUCGAACAGUGGAAUCACAAAUUCAGCUUCGACGCUCAUGAUCCCGGUGUUUAUGCUUCGGAAACGGUUUGCGGUUUGAUCGAACAUUACAAGGAUCCCUCUUGCUGUAUGUUUUUCGAGCCAAUGUUGACGAUACCCCUGCACCGUAACUUCGCAUUCCCGUUGCAACAUUUGUGCCGAGCAGUAAUAACAACCAGAACAACUUACGAUGGGAUAAACAAACUCCAGUUGCCAAAGACACUUAAGAGCUAUCUCAAGGAGUAUCAUUACAAGCAGAGAGUGCGUGUGCGAAGAUUAGACACCGAGAAUAACGUAAUGUUGGAUAGCCGAUCCAUAUCAUACUUACCACUGAUUUAGGGUUGUCCCCCUCCCCCCCUCAAUUUUAAUCUUCCUUUUUUCUCAACAUGUUUUCACAUGGCUAUAUAUUAAUUUCAUUCAAAACAAUAUUGACUAUUUAUAUACCUAAGAGUCUGGUACAACAAUAAUUCAAUUGUUUCACAUUAUUCAGACGCACACUAGAAUUAAAAAUUAAACGAAGAAAUAGCGUAACUCCGCGAGAACAAAUAUUUUCCUUGUAUACUCAUUUCAUCGCAUCAGAAAACCCAAACAGCGUAGCGUACACGAUUUAGCGAACAUUAUAUUAUAAAGUUACUGUUAUUAUAAUUAUUAUUAUAUUUAUAAAACGUACGGAUCUAGGAUCAAAGUACUAUCUUGUUUUACGCGUAGAGAAGACCUGAAAAUUUUAAUUGACUUAAUCGAUGAUCGUGGGUCUAGAGAUAAGUGCGUCUUACACUGUCAGACAGUAUUGAAAUUGAAAAAAGAGAAUGAACACAGAAAAAAGGGAAAUUUUUAAUGAACAAGGUGAGAAUUGCGGAUAUUUUUGGCCCUGCAAUUAAGAAAUUUCCUCCGUCAUUAAAAAAAAAAAACACUUUAAGUUCGAAACCAACCGAUCGCAGCAUCUUCCCGAGACGUUUUUCAACGACGUUAAAUUCGUCUUAAUUACUCCUAAUGUGCCUAUUUCUAUUACCAGUAAAAAUCAAUGUACGAAAUGUAUGUGUCGGUCUUCAUCGUUACGUGACUGGUUUUUAACAGCAAUUUGAAAAUGUACUGUUAAUACGUUACGUACGUGGGUCGGAUGGAACUAAAAGGAAAACGAACGAGAAAAAAGAAAUAGAAAUACCAAAACAUCGUGCGGAAUUUUUAAGCGCUGUAAACGAUUUUGUAUUGGUCGAUAAUCGAUACUGCAGAUCGUAGAUUUUUCUAUCAUCGAAAAUAAAAUUUAUUUUUGGUUUGAUGAAAGAUGUGACAUUGGCAGUUAAUUAGGCCAGAUUAAAAAAAAAAAAAAGAAACUAAAAACGAAUUAUAAGAAAUCGAAAUUGUUAAUACUUAUUGGUUUUAUCGUUGAUUUGGUACAUAUUAUGCAUAUUAUACAUAAAUAAAGAUUCAAUAUUUAUUA